GGUUUGGCAGUCUCUCUCCAUCGCGAUUGUGAUCCCUUUAUAUCUCUACUCCACCGUCCCUCUCUCCCUUCAACUCAACUCAAGGGAACACUCUAACGGAACGCCUCACCCACCCUGUUCCGUUCCCUUCUCUCCUUUUUCCCGUUCCUCUUCUUUCUCUGUUUUAAGAAUUCAACAUUCUUCAGAUGACAUCAUAAUUCAUAAUCGUCAGAACCAACAUCAUCGUCAAUGAUCAGAAACCCGACAACAGCGAGCACGGAGCGGUCACGUGACGCGAAGAGAAGAAAGAAGAAGAAAACACAGGAACGCGAGGAUGAGAAGCAGCCCAAGUGGAAAUCCCAAGCGCAGCAACAAAUCUACUCCUCCAAGCUGCGCCAAGCCUUAGCCAGAGUCAACAACCUCGGCUCCGCCUCGCCCAAAGGCAAAGCCGUGCGCCAAGCCGCGGACAGAGUCCUCGCCGCCACGGCCAAGGGGAGGACGCGCUGGAGCCGAGCCAUCCUCACCAACCGGCUCAAGCUCAAGUUCACCAAACACAAGAGACAGAGAGUGGCCGCGACGCUCCCUAGCCGCUCAAAGAGAGCUCGCGUGAGCGUUCACCGGCUGAAGGGGAAGGGUGGAGCGGGUGUGCAGAGGAAAGUUAGGUUCCUGGGACGGUUGGUUCCCGGUUGCCGGAAAGAACCGUUACCGGUUGUUCUUGAAGAAGCCAUCGAUUACAUACCCGCUCUUGAGAUGCAGGUUCGAGCCAUGAACGCUCUCUUUAACCUUCUCUCCGCUGCUUCUUCUUCUUCUUCUUCUUCCUCGUAAUGUAUGUCAUCUCACGUGUCUGUCCAUUUUUUAAACUGUUACUAUUAUUUGCCUCCUUUUCUCUCCACUCUUAGUACAAAUUUAUCUAAUCUAUGUAUCUAUCUAUUUUUGUCCCACUUUAAUCUCGAAGAAUGUGAACAUCCCUUUUAACCACUUCGUGUAAUCUUA